GCCGAGCCGCCCAGCACCCGAGGAGCCGCGGUCUGCUCUGCUUGCCACGUCGAAUUCCAAGCGUUCAAGCGAAAUCGCCAUUUCUCGUUCGUCACACUAUAUUUUUCGUAAUGGCAACAGUCACAUCCGCAAAGCAAAUCGACGAGCUCUGGGUCGGCGAGCCCUUCGCGCCCGUGUUCGACCGCAGCAUGCACGCAACACUGGCUCUUUUGUUCGCAGCGGUCGGACUGGUGUACGCUGGCAAGUUCAGCAUCACAAAGAAGGACCUGGCCAAGGAAACGCUGUUCGCUGCCGUCUCCUCGGUGACGCUGGGCCUCGCCGCAGUCCUGACAGCCCAGGCAUGCGGGCUCUACGUAUAGGCGGCAUCCAUUUAAAGCAUUAGAAGAAAUAAAGAAAGAUCUUGCGUCAGC